AAUAAAUAUAAAUACAAAAAAAAUUUGCGUUUGGAACGCCAAAGUAAACUCCAAAAAUUUUGGCGCACACCCCAUCUUAUCCCCCACCUGAAAUUGACUACCUACGCCCUUGAUCUAUAUAUAUGUUUUUUAUUUUCUCGGUUUGUUAUUUUGGUGGCUUUAGAGGGUUUCGUAUUUCGGCAUUUGGUAUUACUUGCGCACUCCACAAAAUUAAAAAAAUUUAAGGACACAUUCCCAACAUUAUUAGAAUCAAUGGUUCGUUUAUUACUUCAAUUGCUUUCCGUUUGGAAAUUAAAUUUUAUUGAACAUCAAAAGAAUGAAUCGAUUAUGUUAAAACUUUCAACAAAUAAAGUUGGUAUUAGUUCUCAAUCUUCAAUUUCGGAAAGUUGCGAAUUAACCACCUCCCAUGCAUCUUUUGAACGUUAUAUUAGUGCUACAGCUUUUGCUCUUCAUUGUAUAGAAGGUUUAGCAUUAACACUUUUAUGUCAAUUGAGGCCACAAAUUAAAAGAAUGGCAAUUUCUUUAUUAUACGAAGUUAAAGGAUUUUUGGAUUGUUUUCCACAAAAACAUCAUUAUGAAACGCCAGUAAUUGAAGUUUUGGAUGAGGCAACACCUUAUGUAAUGGAAAAAUAUAUUCAACAUGUUUCUGAGAAUGAAAAGAAAACUUGGCAUAAAGACUUUGCUUCAUUUUGUGAGAUUGUAUCAAAUAUUGGAACUGAUCCGCUUUUGGUAAAUGAAGACCAUGGAAAUGAAUAUUUGCGUUGGGAUGUUUGGGCUAGCGCUCUUUCUGGAUUUUCUGAGCAUCGUUUUCUUCCGUCAAAAUGCACAGUGGCAAUAUCUUUUGCUUGGCCAGCGUUGCUUACUCGUUUCAAUUAUUGUCAUCAAAUAAUUGAUCCAAAUAAUCCGCAAAAUGAAAAUCGAAGUUCUCUUCUAAGAAGCAGCAAAAGUAGAUAUACAAAUUGGCCAUUAUGUGGAGAUAUACUCAGCCAUGAAAAUUAUUUAAGUUUGUGGCAAAAAUAUAUUGUAAUGGUUUUUGGUCUUUUCCAAUCAAAAACUACAUUUUUGUCAAAUCCAUCAUUAAUUAGAAGCUUUUCUCCAAGCUGUGAUCAUUCUGAAGUAAACAAAUCAAUGAUAAGUUCAGUCAAAAUGACAAGAACAGGAUUGUUGAAUUGUUCUCAACUUUUACAAAAAGCUUCGAUAAUGAUUCGUUGGGAAGCUACAGACAUUAAAGACGCUGUUGUUUUAGGAAUGGGUUCAAUGAAUUCUGAAUGUUUUGAGCUUUUAUUUGAAGAAUUUAAUCUAAAAGGAAUUUUACGAGAAGUUGGAGAACGCAAAAACGAGACAAAUUUAAGAAGAAAAAAGAGGAAGGACGCUUUGAGAUUGCAAUUGCUUCGAAUUCUUGAACUUGCUCUAACUCGUAGACUAUUUGACCAUUCAUUUUUUGAUCGUCAUUCUGGUUCUUUGUCGCCACUUUUGCUUGAAUUUAUUGAAUCUGUUCGGUUUCAUGUUGAAUCUGAAACGGUUUAUUUUUUUAAUUAUGUGGGGAUUUUGCAGUUUUUAUUGUCCUAA